AUGGUUUAUCCUGCACAGCAGCACGUUAUCAACACCUUCACCAGACUCAUUCACCUUCUGCCCCCCACGGAGAAGGCAAAGCCCCAUGCGAUCCUCCUCGCAGGUGAAGACACAUCCUACCGGCAUGACACAGACCGCGAGCUCUCUUUUCGCCAAGAAUCCAACUUCUUCUAUCUUUCCGGAUGCUCCGUGCCUUCCUCGCACCUCCUCUGCGUCUACGAAGCCUCCACAGGCCUCUCCCAAAACCCCUCCAUAAGCCUCUUCCUCCACGAAGCCACCAUCUCCGAUCUCAUGUGGAGCCCCGCCCCGCCCACCAAAGAAGACGCCAAGUCCCUCUUCGAAGCCACCUCCGUCGAAUACACCGACAAGCUCAUGGACACAAUCCAAACAGUGGCCAAGAUCCCCGAUAUCCUGUUCCACACCCUCCCGCGCGGCUCGCCCAAGUUCCCCGUGCUCUUGGAAGAAUACACCGGCGCGAUCCUCAACACUGACGCUGCGAUCUCGGACGCGUACCUCCUCACCGCCCUCGGACGUGCCCGCCUCACCAAGGACGCGCACGAGAUUGAGCUGAUCGAGCGAGCGAACCAGAUCAGCUCUCGCGCGCACGAGGUCGUCAUGCGCGUUCUUGGCGCUGCCGUCAAGGGCAAGAUCCAGCGAGAGGCCGCCGCGGCGAAGGGCGAGCGCCCUCUCCUCCCUGGCGAGUGGCUCAUCGAGAAAGAAGCCGAGGCCGAAGCAAUAUUCGUUGCCAGCUGUCGGCGUGAGGGGUCCGUCCACCAAGCAUAUCUUCCCAUCGUCGCAGCAGCAUCACGGGCAUCGACGCUCCACUACUGCUGUAAUGACCGCGACUUUGCUUGGGGCCCCGUUGGAGCUCAUGAUCACAAGAACCACAAUGCAUUGGCGUCCUCGGACAAAGACCUCAACCCCCAGGUACUUCUCAUCGACGCUGGCUGCGAAUGGGAUUGCUAUGCCUCAGAUAUCACCCGCACCAUGCCAGUAGGCAACAGCGGCAAAUUCACCCCUGAAGCACGCGCAAUCUACGAGCUCGUCCUCGAAAUGCAAAAGCUGUCCAUGGAAGCCCUCCGCCCAGGCAUCCACUGGGACGCGAUCCAGCUUCUCUGCCACCGCACGCUCGUCCGCGGCUUCCAAAAGCUCGGCAUCUUCUUGACGUCCGAGUCACCUGGCUCAGGCUCGUGGAAUUCUGAGGAGGCCAUCCUCGCGAGCGGCGUCAGCGCCGCGUUCUUCCCGCACGGCGUCGGCCACAGCCUCGGCAUGGAUGUGCACGACGUCCCGCACGCGAGCAAGCCCACGAACAACGACACGAUUGGGAACGAGCUCGGCCAUUCGUCCUUCUACCAGUAUCUGAGGCUGAGGCUGCCCCUCGAGGAGGGGAUGGUUGUAACGGUGGAGCCUGGCUGCUACUUCUCUCCACAUCUUCUGGCGUCCGUUCGGGACUCGAGGCACAUUAACCACGAGGUGCUGAAGAAGUAUGAGAGUGUCGGGGGUGUCCGCAUUGAGGACGUUGUGCUCAUCACCGCUAACGGCCACAGGAAUCUGACCACUGUCAGGAGCGACGUUGCAUGGGUGGAGGGUGUAUGCUCUGGAGAACUCUGA